AUGUUGUUAACUGAGCGAGGAGGAAAUCGACAAGAAGCACAUGCUCGCAUCCGUGAAAUUACAUUAGAUGUUGGGAAGAAUUCGAAUGUAGCCUUAAUCGUUGAUCAACUACAAGAAGUAAUAUCCUCCUCCCCCCAAAAAAUGAAAAAAAAGAACGCGCCGCAACCAAAAAAAGCUUUUAAGCAAACCAAAAUUAGCCCGAGUGUGCUUUGGCUCUGUUCUGUGUUUGUGCACUCACGAGCUCUUUGAAUGUGCGUGUGUGUGUAUUUGGCUCUUGAACGUGGUCUCAGACUUUGCUGGACAUGAAAAUAAAGAAAAGUUUAACGAAAAAUAACAAAAUAUAUGAUUAUUGGACUUAACAUAAGGUAAUGAUUGUUGGGUUCUUUUCCAAUUUUUUAUCAAC